AAAUGAAUAUUAUUAAAAACAUUUUUAAAAAUAUCUACAUCUAUAAAAUAAUACUAUUCGACACAGACACAACAUAACCCAGUCUCGUACGAAAUUAUUGCCGUUUAUUCUAGGUAAUCGAGGUCAGACAUCAGGCUAUUUUAGUCUCCACCCAUACAGCGAAAUUUAGUUUUUGGAUUCCUGACAAAAUUAUAUAUAAUAUCGACAUAAAAGUAUUAUUAAUCAGAUAAUUUGACUUUUUCAUCGUUUUAACAAUUAAGGUUUCUGUGAAAUCAUAUUUUUUUUUAAAGACUACGUGAUAACGCAGAGGGUGUAUCCCUCUACGGGUGUUAAGAACAUAAAAUGUUUGUGUUACUUUUCAUUUGCUUACUUUCCACCACGCUGGCGACAACUAUUGGAGAAGAAAACGUAACUAUACCAGUAUGCGGUGAAAUCGGAGAUUGCAUCCCUAGUCAAGAAUGCGACAAUAGAUGCGGCUGCGACAGUUCUGCAGCUGUUCUAUUUUAUAAUGAAACGUUAGGCGAAUGCGUUGUGGAUGUAAAAAGGCUUCUUCAAUCUUUGCAAGAAAGAUACAAUAUUCAAGAAAAAUUACGCUUGGAAGUGAUGAAAGUGUUCCAAGGGAUUACGAUAGCUGUUAUAUUAUUUAUGACGUGUGCUGGUCUUUGCGUUUGUACGGCUUGCAUCUACUGUAUUCGUAUAAACUACAUAGAUAAUCGGAUGAAAAGCGAUAUCGACGCAUUAGCCGCUAAGUUGAAAAGAGAUUUACGUUUGAAAAAAUCGAUCAAGAGGCCUUCUCCACAACAGAAAGCAGAAAGUUGUAACAUUAUUGUUGAAGAUGCUGGUGUGUUUGUAGUUUGACCAAUAAUUAUUAUUAGAUAUAAAAAUAAAGUACAUUUAAAAGUUAUUGAAACA